AUGUCAUCUUUGCUGGAAUAUAAUAUAUAUUUGAAAUGUAUUAAAACUGUUUAUGGAAUUUAUGGUAUCUCAUUUAUGAAUCUAACUACUGAUAUACCUUAUAUUAAUUUGAAAGUACGUAACAGAACACUUAAAAUUGAAGAACGACAAAAAAUUCUUGUCGAAGUUAUAUAUUAUUGUUGUAAAUCAUGCGAACAAUAUGAGAAUAAAACGGAUGAAGAAAUAAUCGAAGAUCUUGCUACGGAAUUCUACAAGCAUCGACUUAAAGAUUCAGAUGUCACUGAAGUAGCAACAUUUCAGAAAAAUUCUGAUUACUGCAUCAAUGUUGAUGGUGAAAAAGAGAUAAGUGAUGUAUCGUGCAUGUUUAUGCUUGAUGUAAAUAUUCCAGCGAAAGUGCAUUUUGGUGGAAUGCACUGGAAUAUGAUCGACUUGAUGAAGCAAUCGUCGGAACGUGAAAAUAAUUCACUAGUAGCCUUAGCUUUACGAGGCCAUUUUUGUGCAAUAUAUAGUGUUUCACAAAUUCCGGACGGUGAAUGCAUCCGGUAUGCAUCAUUAAGGGAAUAUUUUGUACUCUGUUGCUGUUAUGAGAGACCGGAACUUUGCGCAUAUACAAUAUCUAAUAAAUCGAUGAGCAAUGUAAAAGCAAAUCGUAGGAUUUGGAAAACAAACUUCGAAGUGCGCAAUUAUCAUCUAGCGAAUAAAUUGCGCACAAAUGUAUAUGAUACGCUAGCACACUCUUGGACAUAUCGGGAUUUCAUCUACAGUAGACCCACAAAAUUUGGUGAUCAGAAAGACUUUUCGACCAUUCGUAAUGUCCCACUUUGGCAUUGUGCUGUUGGUGAAUUCAUGGUGCAUAACACUCGAAAUUAUACUACUACUUCGGUAGAAUUGGAGAGAUUGAAGCGGAAAGAUUUACCAUUUCGUACUGAACAUUGCAUCGCUGACUUUUGGAUUGAAUUCAAGGAAGGUGAGACAGAAAGCACAUUUUUUGAAGCAAAAGCGGAUACGGAAGGAAGUUGUAAUUCAAUUGAAAGCGUUUUUUGUCAAUUAGUUGGACCGAGAUGUCUCAAUGAUUUAUUGUACACAUCGCAUAUUAAAGCACAAUAUCGGUGCUGCUGUAAUCGCGGAAAUUUAUGCAAUCACUGGGGCAAUAAUAAUCCUGACAAAAGCAAUUAUCAAAUUAGCCUAAAACCGGAGGAUUUGCAGAAUGUUGAAUUUCGAUGUCACAUCACAGCCAUAGCAUAUUUAACUCAAGUUUUUAUGAAGCGCACUAACAGUGAUUUAUCAGAGAUAUGCUGGCGAUCAUUUGAUUUUCAUUUCGAGCAGGAAAUUCUUAUGAUUGGUGGAGUUUCUUAUCAGUCGGAGAUGAUUUAUCGAGUGGCACGUAAAGAAUUCCCUGACCAACAUUAUGUUUGUGAAAUAUUAAAUACAUUUCCAUUACGAUCACAAAACUGUCAUCGUAAUGAUUAUAUACAUUUGCCUAUCACUUAUCAGUUUUUCAAAUGUGAAUGCCAACAACAAAUAACAUAUUUUGAUCUUGUAUUGGAUCUAUUUCUCGGUUAUCGCAAGCUUACUAAAACUUGUGAUGAAAAUAUGCCAAAUCAUUUCAAAAAGCACAAAUUUACUCUUAAAAGGCCAGCUUGUUAUGAAUCGUAUAAUGAAAAUGGACCAGUAACAAUUGAUUUAUAUUCAUUUACUCAAAAGAUUGAUUUUAGUGGUAUUUUUAUCAGUAAAAUAAUGACAAAUAUUACUCCAAUUUGUGUUACUUUUGUUAGAAUUAAAAGAGAAAGCAUUUCAUUUGGCAUAUAUGCGUUACGUCCAGCAAAAGUGUUAGCUGAAGUUGAAAGUUCACAACGUUUUAUGUCAUUUAGACAUCAGCGAACUAAUACAUUUAUACAACGAUGUCAAUCGAAUUUAACAACACCAUGCAAUAAUUUUAAAAAUUUGGUGGAACAUAUGAUGCCAUUGGCGCUGCAUCUUUAUGCAAGAGAUAAAGAACCAUCUGGUUAUUCCAAAUGUUAUAUUACGGAUGAUUUACAACGUAUAGAUUGUAAAACAAAAUUGGGUUGCUUCGAUUUUCAUUCUUUCAACGGUGAAAGAUAUCGUGGAUGCAUCGAUGAUAUACCAAAAUUAGUAAAUGAAAAACCAGAAUUAGCGGUAUUAAAUUAUUGCAAGCAUGCUAAACUAUGGCAAAUUCGAUCAUAUAUAUGUAGCGGUGUACGUAACAUAACAUAUUCUCAUGCAUACACUCUCGAUGGUGUACUAUGUUGUUGCAAACGCAUUUGUCCGCUAAGUAAUCAAGCUCAAUCACCAACAAACAGCAAUAUGGGCUUCAAUAUUUUUGAAUCAAUUUCCUAA